UAUUUGAAAAAUUCCACAACACGCAACAGCUGUUUUAGCACGUGCGGCGGUUUAGUGUAUUUUUUUAAUGUUGUUUAGCAUGAUUUUGAGCUGCUCCUCCAAGGCAGUUCGCCUGAAAACCUUGAUAUAUCACUGGCACCGCCAAAAAUCCUUUGCUGCUGCCAUGUCGGAGGCCCUGGACAAGCUGGAGUUGGAAACCGAAGCCAGGAAGGCAGCGAAACUGGCCGACGAAGAGAGCGUAAAGGAGACCAACCGUAUCAAGCGGACACUUAAACGAAAGAAGUGGGUGGAUUGGAAGACGCAGGAUGAAGAGGAUGCGGCUAGCGGGGUUAAACGCGCGCCCUUCGAUCCUGCCGAUAGGGUCAAGAGGAAGAAGAGUGCUAUUCUGCUGAGUUACUGCGGAGCCAACUACUACGGUAUGCAGCGCAACCCCGGCAUGCAGACCAUAGAGGAGGAGCUCUUCAAGGCCAUGCUGAAGCACAAAUGGAUAACGGAAGACAGCUUCGAGCAGGUCCAGAUUGCCUGCUUUCAACGAGCGGCUCGCACCGACAAAGGUGUCUCGGCGGCCCGCCAAGUGUGCUCCGUUAAGCUGCCUGAUGAGCUCGACUUGGAAGCAUUCAACGCAGAUCUUCCCGAGCAGAUACGACUGUUUGGGGUAGAGCGUGUUACCAAGGGCUUCAAUGCGAAGGAUCAGUGCAACGCUCGAACUUACACGUACACACUGCCCACAGUGUCCUUUGCGUCCUCUGAGGAGAAGAUCGAAGACUUGCAUGACACCUUCCGAAUUACUCCGGAGCUGCUGGAGAAAGUGAGAGCCACCCUAAAACUCUAUGAGGGCACGAAAAACUUCCAUAACUUCACAAGCAAGAAAAACUUUCUCGACCCAUCGGCGAAACGCUUCAUCAUGUCCUUCGUGAGCAGCGACCCGUUCCUUAGUCCCCAGGAAAUCGAGUUCGUCACCCUGAAAGUGAAGGGCCAGAGCUUCAUGUUGCACCAGAUUCGGAAGAUGGUGGGUUUGGCGAUUGCAAUUGUGCGCGGCAACACAACGACGGAGAGUUUGGAACGAGCACUCACCGAAGAACGGCUUGACCUUCCUAUGGCCCCGGGACUCGGUUUAGUUCUGGACACAGUCCACUAUGAACGUUACAAUGAUAGAUACGGGAAGGACGGUAUUCACAACCCGCUGACUUGGGAGAAGCAAGAAAAGCAAGUCCAGGAGUUCAUUGAGAAGGAGAUCUUUAGCCAGAUCUACAAAACGGAGGCCGAGCAGCGCAACAUGCUGGACUGGUUGGGCACCCUCCACUAUCACUCCUACGAUACGCGACGGGACGAAGCUCCUCCGCCGCCAGAUGGCAAGCGGAAUAAGGAAGGCCCCAAUGAUGAUAAUGACGAGUAGGAGUAAAUAGCUUAAGGGUUCUGUUUCCAGCCUCUACAUGUUACUAAAAUAGCUAUCGAAACG